UAUUGUUGUUAUGCUGUUAAGAUUACGUCAUGGUUGUGAAGAAGAAAGUACCUAAAGUGCAGGCUAUAGUCUUGGAUGAUGCCAGUUGAAAAGUCUGAUGGAUGCUCUAUCUGUUGUGGGUGAUAGGACAUCCACACAUUUUGCUCAGGUUCUCAAAGACAGUCUGUCCUCCUCUGAGCCUGUAGAGCAGAUCCAGCUCAUCUCUAAGGCAGGAUCCAUGCUGGAGCAGUUGGGAGAGGAUGAUGAGUCUCCUACAGGUCCUUUACUGCAAGCUUGCUUAAACACACUGACGUUCUUAUACAUCACACUGCCAGUCAAGAAUCCACUGAAGAGAGCCGUAGCAAGUGCAAUAGCUAGAAGUCCAUAUUGGCUAUAGGAGCAGACAGUUGGGUGUCUAUCUGAGUGCCUGUCUGCCUCAUUCUGCACCGUGAGCACAGAUCAAUAUCCUCACCUGACGGUUUGCAUCACUUCCUGUCUGGAUGGCUUUCCCAUUGGUACUUUUUUCAUGGAUAAAUGUUGAAUAUCACACAUCUAAUAAUGUUUAAGUAUUUUUACUUUACCAAAGAAAUAGUAACAUUACAAACAUACAUACAUGUUUAUACCAACACACAUACAGUCACCUCCAUAAAUAUUGGACCAGAAGCACAUUUUGUUUUAUUUUUGCUGUUUACCAAAAUGUAUUCUAGUUACAGCCAUAUAAUACACACAAGUGCACACUUUCAGCUUUACUUGGAGGGUAUUCUCAUCCAAAUUGGAUGACGGGUUUAGGAAUUUCAGCCGUUUAAUAUGUAACUCCUCCUUUUUAAACUCCUGUAAUAAAACACAUGCAAUAAAAAAAUGUAGCACAUAAUUAUAAAAUUUUUAAAAAGUAAAUUUAAGAAAUAUAUAGAACCAUAAAAUUACAUUAUAGAAGAAUUUUAGCAUUCAAAGCAAUGGGUCUUUUGUAGUAGAAUUGUGCAAAAACAUCUGUAAGCAACAUCCGUUUCAAUAUUUCCAGUAUUUUUAAUUCAUUCACUUUUUUAUUUCUCACAUACUUUUUUGCAUACUGACGUUUUGACAUUGCCGACUACUUAUUUUUGCAUUUUAGGCAUACGAUCAUUAAUAAUAUGAAAGUAGACGAUUUUGAAGUCUACCCAGAAGUGUCGCCCCCUAGUACCAAGGGAUGUUAAAAGUCAUUGAUAAACUGUACCAGUCAGCUUGAAGGGCACAAAUAGAUACUUUAAAUAGACAGUAAAACUAUGAAAAUAUAUUAAAUAUAUUUGUGUUUUCCAGUUAGAAUUCCCACAUAGUUAUGCUAAUGUAUUGAAUUACUAUGGCAACCAUUAAUCCUGUUUAAAAAAACAUUUAAUAACCAGCGUUUCAGAAUAUUACAACGGUCAGGACAAAAUGAGUUAAAUUAUAAAUAAAACACAGUCAGUAAGUGAAACAAUAACAUUCAGAAAUAUCUGUGAGUAUAAAAGCAGAUUCUUAAAAAAAUAAGUAGUGUACUAAAAUAUCGAAAUUUUAAAUGACUUUCACAUUAUUCUUAUACAAAACACAUCUAACUGAUGUGUCAGUGAUAUCAGGUCAAUCUCCAGUGAAAUUUAAACUCACCCAUUGUCAGAUUUAAGGCAUUCCUAGUUUAUUUUUAAUCAGAUAUCACCCCCUUAAUUCUUUCACAUACUUUGUUUCUCUAAAAUGUCACUGUGUGUUUCUGCAGUUAACUUUUACAAUAUCCAUUUAAUCCUAAUACUUCUAUUUCGGCAAAGUAUUUUUAUACUGAUGUUGUUUAUGUAAAAUAAUGUUAACGUUUGUUAAAAAAAAAACAGCUCUGGAUCAGUCGGUCAAAAGCUCCAACAUUGAAACUGAGGUAACAAUACAGUAAUUCAAUCUCUAGACAUGAAAUUGUCUUUGAGGAUGUAGUGCGGGCCAAAAAAGUCUGAAAGUAUUUGAAGAACAAAGUCUCUCAGAAACCACUUGUUCUCAGAAGUCUUUAUCCCAGCCAGAAAUUUCAUCUGGAGGUUCUUCCAGAUCAGGGGGAAACAUGUCAAAGUGACUGUGAUCCAGAGGUCCUUUCAGCUGUGUGAAAACAGAAAUAAUACAGCGAUGUCAGCUUCCUUCGUCUUAGUCCCUCCCAGUUGAAACCUUGAAACCACCUGAAAAAAAAGGAAAUGAACCAAACCUCGAUUUAAACUCAACAUCUUUUCAGUUCUUCAGUCAAAGAGACAUUCACUAUUGAAGUAUCCCUGGGGUCUGAUGUGCAGUUUACUGGUAAUUUUUUUGUAUUUACAUACUUUUAAGGUUAUCCAAUAUUAAAUAAUUUGCUUUCAAAAAUAAGUUUGAUAUUUAAAUUACAUUACAGAGUAAAUUUUUAGUAAAUUAGUCAUUUAUACUGGAGUACGUUUCCACAGUUUCCCAUCACUUCCUCGUGGUGCUAUUCAUAUUGAUGUUUUGGUUUCAACAACAAUAGUUAAGAGGUUAUAUCCUGUAUCUUCCAUUAAAUGUUGAAGAUAAAACUCAUCAGAUCACACAUUGUUACCUGAUCAUGCAUAUUCAUUGCUGUAUCCGGAGCGUGCGACUUCAUUUGCAUAAUGUUCUGAACAUAAUUUUGUGACAUAAUACAAAUGAUGUUCAGUUCUUGUGUGCUUUGUGUGUACUAUACGUGAA